CAGAUGAGAAAGAGAAGGGUCUAGUCACGGCAAAACGGGUUCUUGUCCUCUUCAAAAAUAUCACAUUAUCCCCUUCGGCUGAACCGACUUUCGGUUGGUUGCAGUUGAAAACAGAGGCAACUUUGAGGCCGUCUUUUUCUUUUCCUGAUAUCGUGCGGAUUGUGCAUUAAAAAGUAGGCUUUAUUUCUAAAAAAGAAUGGCAAAGUCAUACUAUACCACUCACCAUUUCACACGGGAUUCCUGGGACCUUGACUAUUAGUUCUUGGUUUGGUUUGUCAUCCAUCCUCCCUGCCUCUGAUCAUCCUUUAAGGUUUCUCUCAUCUGCAUAAAUUCCAAGUUCUUUUGGGCAAUUUGGGGGCUUCAUGGGGUUGAAGGUGGCUUCAAAUGGCCUGAAAUCAUCACACCCUAUAACCCUCUGCUCAUUAUUUCAUUCACAGAAAAGGGUCCCAGUUUCUUCCUUGUUAGGGCUUUACAAUGGAAGAAAUCCUAACGUGCCCUUCAGAUUAGUGCACAGAACAGCUCCUUUCGGCUUCCAUAAAUCAGGAAAUGGCUGGCUCAAACGGGUUUGCUGCGGGAGUUCCGAGAUGUUUUCGGGCAGAGAAGUGUCUAAUCAGACUUCGGAAUCAGCCCCAGGAACCAAUGUGUCCAUGUGGGGAUAUGGUGAUUGCAGUGAUACGAUGGACUUUGCUUUUGCAGCGGCAGAUGUUUCAGGGCAUUUUCCGAACAAGGAGGCGGAAGGUAAUGGAAAUAGGGGUCUUUCGGAGAGAUCGGCAUGCUCGAAGAUGGAUUUCCUGGAGCCGUCACUGCUCGGUAUCUGGCCAAAGCCACCGGAGUGGCCUGAGAGGAACAAAAUCGUUAGCAUUGGGAUAGAGAUGAAAGCGAGAAGCAUCGAAAUCCCCUUGUCUCUUAGGAUGAUAAAGAGAAAGAAGCAACUGGAUUCGAGGACCGUCGAAGCAAGGGAAUAUGAAUGCUCUUCAGUCGAAAAGGCCUUUGCUUCGAUGGUGCUUAUUAUUAGAGAGAUUCAGAGCCAUGCCAUGCACAUGAGGGAGAGUCUCUGCAGUGAGGACUUGGGGGAGAUAGUGAAUAAGGUGCACAGAGAGAUAAAUUCGUCCUUUGUGUGGAUUUUCCAACAGGUCUUUUCGCAAGCCCCGACUCUUAUGGUGAACGUAAUGAUACUCUCUGCUGAGUUCAGCGCUUAUUCUGUGGUUCACAACAUGUCAAAUAUGUCCUCUGAAGUAUCUCCGGAGACUUUGCUCCUGAUGGAAGAUAAAGGGCGAGAAAACUCAAGCUUUAGUUCGACAAAUGGGACUACUCGAGGAAAUGUUCAUCCGGAUAAAUCCUCCGCUGCAGAAGAAAAGCCUGGCGUUGCUCCUGGCGAGAAACUGCGAGUUUCUCCAUCGGGGAACGAAACUUUGAACAUUGAGGAGGCGAAUCUGUGGAGCUCUAUAGUGGACGAAGGAGCAAAGAUGGAGGCAUUGUUAAGGGGCGGCGAAAUUCUUGAUCUUGGAGGGAUGAGGAAGUUCCUUUCGCCAGUGUAUGUGGAAAUUGAAACCGAUGAUUAUGAGGAAUAUCGGAGAACAGAUCUUCUGUACCAACUUCACUUGUCUCUGGAUCCUUACAAUCCCCUGCUGCUCUCUAAUUAUGCACAUUUUCUCUGCCUCGUAUACCAGGACUACCGCAGGGCAGAGGAGUGCUAUAAGCGCGCUGUGCAGGUUGAGCCCCCAGACGCCGAAUCUUUGAGUCGGUACGCGGAUUUCUUGUGGAUGGUGAAGAAAGACGCAUGGGAAGCAGAGGAGAGAUAUCAGCAAGCAAUUGCGGCCGAACCGGAGAAUCCCUUCCAUGCAUCCAGGUAUGCGAGCUUUCUCUGGAGUUCCGGAGGCGACGAGACAUGUUACCCUCUUAACCACUCCUCAGGCGACAAGACUAGAUUAUCAGAAGCAGAUGAUGCGUUAUAAGGUAGUCGAUCUCCUAUUUUGGCUGCGAAAAUGUAGGCCUCGGCUCGUGUUUCUUCUCCAUGGAUUAUUAGGACGUAAAAAUUAAGUGAAGAGAGUGGAAGUGGCAGUCUUAAAAAGGAACAGGCCGUUUCAUCUUCAUGCAAUCCUAAGCUAAUUAUGAGAGAUCUUUUACAAGCUUGCAUUC